AUGCUUCUGUUGGAUUAUCAGAACGUCUUGAUCCAAUCCCUCCUUACGGAGCGGUUCUCUGGUGCUCCUCCCGCCUCGAUUGAUCAAGUGGUUUCCGACUUUGACGGUGUGACAUUCCACCUCUCGACCCCCGAAUCCAAGAGCAAGAUCCUCAUCUCCAUCAAUGUGAAGUGCUUCAAGGAGCUCGUGCAGUACGGCGCACAGGAGGUGCUGGAGCGGGAAUACGGCCCCUACAUUGUGUCCCCCGAGCCCGGUUAUGACUUCUCAGUACAAAUCGAUCUCGAGAACUUGCCUGCUGAGCAGGAAGCUCGGGAGGAGAUGAUUAUGAAGCUCGCGUUGUUGAAGCGGAACGCCAUGGCAGCUCCGUUCGAGCGGGCAUUCGACGAGUUCGCCAAGCUUGCAGAGGAGGCCUCGAGAUAUACCUCUGAGUCGGCGCCUCAGGGUAUCAAGGAGGGUGGCGAUGUUAUGUCGAUUCACUACCGUGAGGAGGAAGCUAUCUACAUCAAGGCUAGUUUCGAUCGUGUGACAGUGAUCUUCAGCACUGUGUUCCGCGAAGAGACGGAUCGCAUCUUCGGCAAGGUUUUCCUUCAGACGUCGUGUCGUGACGCUACAGAAUGCGCCUCAGGUGCUCUUCCGCAACACUCCCCCCUUGAGCUGGAGGGUGUCCCCGGCGUGAAGCAUGCGGGUGAGGGAGAGAUGAGCUACGUCACUUUCGUUCUGUUCCCUCGACACUUGACCCCCCAGCGCCGCUACGAUAGCAUCUCCCACAUCCAGACCUUCCGUGACUACUUCCACUACCACAUUAAGGCAUCGAAGGCAUACAUCCACACCCGUAUGCGCAAGAGGACAGCAGACUUCCUCCAAGUCCUCAACCGAGCCAGACCCGAGAACGAAGAGCGAGAGCGUAAGACGGCGAGUGGCCGAACUUUCCGAGUGCAAAGCUAG